AUGGAUUUGGUGGAUCUUCCAACUAUUGGUGGCAAGUUUACUUGGUUCAAAAGUAAUGAGAAGGUUAUGAGUAGGCUUGAUAGAUUUCUUCUUUCGGAUAGUUUUAUAAAAGAGUGGAAGGUGAACGGGCAACACAUAGGCGAUAGGGAUAUAUCCGAUCAUGCUCCUAUUUGGUUGAAAGAUAGUAGAAAGAAUUGGGGGCCCAAGCCAUUUAAGUUUAAUAACUUGUGGUUCAAGCAUGAAGAGUUCGAUACCUUUGUAAAAGAGGAGUGGAGCAAAAUGACAAUGAAAGGGAGAGGAGACUAUUACUUGGUUGAAAAGUUGAAAACUCUUAAAAGUCGGAUCUCUUGGUGGAACAAAACGGUCUAUGGUUGGAUAGAUCUCAAAAUUGACAAAGAUGGGAAAGAAUUGCACUUUUUAGAUAACUUGUUUGUUUAUUUUGCAAGUAAUGCUCCGGAAGAGGUGGUUAAGAAAAGGUUGAAAGUGGCGGAGGAUUUUUGGGAUAAUUUAAACAAAAAAGAAAGGCUUCUUAGAAUUAAAUCUAGACAACUUUGGCUUACCGAAGGGGAUGACAACACAUGUUUUUUCCAUAAUUCUCUAAAAUAUAGAAGAAGAAGGAAUUCCUUAUGUUCCAUCAACUCUACGAGGGGAAUAUUGGAAGAGGUUAUGGAGAUUAAAGAUCACAUUUUUAAGCACUUUGAAGGAUUCUUUAAAGAAGAAUUUUGCUUUAGACUGGUGCCACAUGGGAUUAAUUUGAACUCUUUAUCAAUUGAAGAAUCAAUGGAUCUUGAAAAACCUUUUUCCGAAGAAGAGGUCAAGGAGGUGAUUUGGUCAUGUGAUGGGAACAAAAGUCUGGGCCCGGAUGGAUACUCAUUGGAAUUCUUCAAAAGGUUUUGGCUUCUUCUAAAAGACGAUUUGAUGAAGUUAUGUAAUGAUUUCUAUUCUAGAGGUACGCUUGUCAAAGCCAUCACUUCUUCAUUCCUUGCGCUUAUUCCUAAAUCAAAGAAUCCACAAGAUUUGUUCGAGUAUCAUCCUAUUUUCCUAGUGGGGAGUAUCUACAAGAUCUUUGCGAAGAUUUUGGUAGCUAGAAUGAGAGGUGUAGCGGGAAAAUUGGUUUCGCUUAAUCAAACUGCUUUUGUACUGGGUAGGAGUAUAAUGGAUGGUGUUUUAAUGGGGUUUGGGAUGAGAUGGAUGAAAUGGAUGGAAUCUUGCAUCUUCACUAGUCAUAUGUCUAUUUUGGUCAACGGUAGUGCUACCAAGGAGUUUAGUGUCCAAAGAGGAUUACUCCAAGGCGACCCGAUUUCUCCUUUUCUCUUUGUCAUUGCCAUGGAAGGUCUUAGUGCUCUCAAGAAAAGAGGGACUUUUCCGUUCAAAUUUCUUGGUAUAUGGGUUGAAGAAGGUGCUAGCAAGAGGAGAGUAUGGAAGGAUGUGGUUUCUAAUAUCAAAUCAAGAUUAUCAAUGUGGAAGGGUAGAAAUAUUUCCAUCGGCGGAAGGGUGACUCUUAUUGGUUCGGUGCUUAAUGCUAUUCUAAUCUACACUCUCUCCUUCUUCAAAGCUCCGAGUAAAAUCAUCCAAGAAAUUAGAGGCCUCCUUAGUAACUUCUUGUGGAAUGGGAAUGUGAACAAAAGAUGUAUCCAUUGGGUGAAGUGGGAGAAUGUUUGUAAACCUAAGGAGAAAGGUGGGCUAGGCAUUAGAGAUGUUGUGUUAGCAUCUUGUGUGGAAGUAUUAAAUCGGGACGAUUCUAGUUGGUGGAGAGACAUUAUUCUUAACGCCUCCAAAGAGGAGGACUUCGUUGAAGGCUUCAUUGAUUGGGUCAAUUUUGACUUCAAGAAAGGUAAUACUGUUCUUUUUUGGCAUAGUUGUUGGUUGGGUGAUCAAACUCUUUGUGUUUCCUUCCCGUAUUUGUUCGAUCUUUCAACCAAUAAACUUUGCAAAGUUAGCGAUGUCAUCUCUUGGAACAACGGUGCACAUUCUUGGAAUCUUGAUGUUCUCUUUGGUAACCUUCCCGUCACAAAUGGCAUAGCUUCGGCUUUUGACAUCCAAUUGAGAGAUUUAAAAGCGUUGUUGGAUGGCAUUGUUCCGAACAUUCUUGAUCAUGAUGAUUUCCAUUGGAAACUAAAUCCUACCGGUGUGUUCUCGGUUGCUAGUGUGUCUCAUUUGGUGUCUAAUACUAAAGAUCUAGCUUGGCCAAUCAAUACCAUCAAUUUGUUGGUAGUCAUUUGGAAAGCUAUCAUUCUGAAAAAGGUUAAGAUUUUUUCUUGGAGAUUUUUCAUCAAUAGACUUCCUCUAGAGGAUCUUUUGGCAAAUAGAGGAGUACCUAAUCUCAACUCUCUUGAUUGCUUAUUUUGUUCACAUCAACCGGAAACAUUGGAACACCUCUUUUUUCAAUGUCAAGUUACGAAAGUGGUGUGGGAUAAAAUAUAUGCUUGGUUGGGAAACGAUUUCGAGUUGAAUUUGGAAGAGUUCAAAAGAUUUGGACGCAUUCAAGAAAAGGUGAGGGAAGCCAAUUCUAUAGUUAUUCUAAAUUCAAUUUGGAUUGCUCGAAUUUGGUGCAUUUGGCUAAUGAGAAAUGUUAUUGUUUUUUAUAACGCUACUUUUAGUUUUGAAGCCGUUAUCUCCAACAUUUUUUUCUUUUCUUGGAGAUGGUUAAGUAGUAGUACUGUUACAUCUAGAACUAGCUUCUACGAUUGGUACAAGUUACCACUAAAUUGUUUCAAAUCUAUAUAG